CCAGUUUUAGAUGGUGUUCUUCGCGGCGGCUGUGGUGGUGAUAUUUGCGAAAUGGCCGCCGUGACUGACUGCUUUACAUUAGGUAGUACUGUUUGGUGUCGGACGUGUUACAAUCAAGAGAUCGAGGGCGAUGUUUUGGCCUUUGACGAGCAAACCAAAAUCUUAAUACUGAAAUGCCCGACAGCUAGCGGAAUCAACAAUCUGCACGAUGUGCAGUUCAUCAAUUUGGCGCUCGUCAGUGAGUUGCAGGUCAAGAAGGAAGUCACUACACCACCGGAGGGACCACAGUCACUCAAUCUGCAGAGGCUGAACACCAGGAUCAGGAAUCAGGUUGACGAGAAGAAACGUCUGCUGACUUCCUUGUCCUCAUCCGUGCCCCCAGAGGGUCAGAGACUCUUUGUGGCCAUCUCCAAAAUGUUCAAGGAGGUGCAGUGGAGGAACGCUGACAUUGUCGUCUGGAAUAGCCAAGUUAUUAUCACCCCUCCUUACCAAGUUGAGAACGUCAAAGGCAACACGGACAGCAAAGAGUUUUCAUUUGUCAAGAAACUGGUUGAGAAACAUCACAAAGACACAGCAUUAAGUCAGACGACCUCCGUGAAUAACCAAGUUGUCCAACAUAAUGCAAAUAUGCAAUAAGGACAGCAGGAAGAGAGAGAGGAGACAGAGAGAGAGAGAGAGAGAAAGAGCGAAGAGUAUGUAAAGCGGGGAAAGCAGAGCGAAAAUAGAAAAGGAGAGGCGCAGCGAGAUGGAGGGUAUUUAAUUGAAACAAAUUAAUCCACCAAAA